CACGAGCUCCCCUCCCAUGGCUGCUUCUUCCCUUCUUCUCUCCUCUCCUGGUCUUCCUCUCCUCCAAAUCCCUCCACAAACCCAACCAGUCUGGACCUUUCUCCCUCAUUUGUCCUCCAAAUUGAGAAAAAUUACAACUUUAGCCUUCCUUCGGCCGCAAAUCCUCCAUCCCCUGCGUCUGCGCCGAAGAGUCAGCUUGACAAAUGGAGGGCCAGGCUCCGCUCCUGCGGCCGGACCCGCUCGGGCGGUUCGGUCGAUUCGGCGGGAAGUUCGUCCCGGAGACGCUCAUAUACGCCCUCUCUGAGCUCGAGUCCGCCUUCCAUUCGCUCGCUGGCGACCAAGAUUUUCAGAAAGAGCUGGAGGGAAUUUUGAGGGACUAUGUCGGUCGGGAGAGCCCCCUCUACUUUGCUGAGCGCUUAACUGAACAUUACAGGCGGCCUAACGGUGAGGGCCCUCAUAUCUAUCUCAAGAGGGAGGAUCUGAACCACACUGGGGCCCAUAAGAUCAACAAUGCCGUUGCGCAGGCCUUGCUUGCAAAGCGAUUGGGAAAGAAGCGGGUUAUUGCUGAGACUGGAGCAGGGCAGCAUGGAGUGGCGACUGCCACAGUGUGCGCGAGAUUCGGGCUGCAGUGUGUUGUCUAUAUGGGAGCCCAAGAUAUGGAGAGGCAGGCACUUAACGUGUUCAGGAUGCGGCUGCUUGGAGCUGAGGUCAGAGCAGUCCAUUCUGGGACAGCGACCCUAAAAGAUGCUACAUCAGAGGCUAUUCGUGACUGGGUGACCAACGUGGAGACGACGCUCUACAUCUUAGGCUCUGUUUGUGGGCCACAUCCAUACCCGAUGAUGGUGAGAGAGUUCCAAGCAGUGAUAGGUAGAGAAACCCGGAGGCAAGCGAUGGAGAAAUGGGGGGGAAAACCUGAUGUUCUACUUGCGUGUGUUGGAGGAGGUUCGAAUGCCAUGGGACUGUUCCAUGAGUUCGUGGAUGAUAGAGAUGUCAGAAUGAUUGGAGUGGAGGCAGCAGGUCUUGGCCUAGAGAGUGGUAAGCAUGCAGCCACUCUGACGAAAGGGGAGGUUGGGGUUCUACAUGGAGCCAUGAGCUACCUGUUGCAGGAUGAAGAAGGGCAGAUCAUCGAACCUCAUUCUAUCAGUGCAGGCUUGGACUACCCUGGAGUGGGACCCGAGCACAGCUUCCUGAAAGACAUUGGAAGCGCCGAGUACUAUAGCAUUACAGACGAAGAGGCAUUGGAAGCAUUUAAAAGGUUAUCACGACUCGAAGGCAUAAUCCCGGCUCUGGAGACAUCUCAUGCCUUGGCUUAUUUGGAGGAACUGUGCCCGACUCUCCCCAACGGAGCCAAGGUUGUGAUAAACUGCAGUGGCAGAGGGGAUAAGGAUGUACAGACAGCAUACACACACUUGCAGAUGUGAUCUAAGACGAAGAUUUCACAUUUCUAUUUGGUCAUUCCUCGGAUUAAAGCACAAGGGAACUCUACAUUUGAGAAUCCUCGACACCAGCAGAGAGCCUGUUAUGUUGGCUUCACAUUUUCAUUUUCCUUGUUUGAACCCGAUCGCUAUCGAUUUGAUUGUUUCGAGCUGCAAUUUCAGCUUGACCGGGCCUUUUACAUCGAAUGCGGGUCUAUUUAGGUUUAGGUUUAGUUAUCUUUCAAGAGAGAGAGAGAGAGAAAGAUGUGACCUUCUGAUACCACCAAGGGGCAUUUCUCUGCCA